UUGAUGACGUCAAAGCAUUGCGCUGGCGCUUGCCGGCAGCAGCGUGCUGCGGGACCCUGGAGAUGGCGUCUCGGAGCCGGAGACCUGAGCACAGCGGACCGCCAGAGCUGUUUUAUGACCAGAAUGAAGCCCGGAAAUACGUUCGCAACUCACGGAUGAUUGACAUCCAGACCAAGAUGACUGAGCGAGCAUUGGAGCUCCUCUGUUUGCCGGAGGGUCAGCCCUCUUAUCUGUUGGACAUCGGCUGCGGCUCUGGACUGAGUGGAGACUACAUCUCAGAAGAGGGGCACUAUUGGGUGGGCAUUGACAUCAGCACUGCCAUGUUGGAUGCUGCCUUGGACCGAGACACAGAGGGAGACCUGCUGCUAGGGGACAUGGGCCAGGGAGUCCCUUUCAGACCAGGUUCUUUUGAUGGCUGCAUCAGCAUCUCAGCUGUUCAGUGGCUCUGCAACGCAAACAAGAAGUCGGACGUCCCCGCCAGGCGUCUCUACCGCUUCUUUUCGUCCCUGUACUCUGUCCUUGUCCGCGGGGCCCGAGCCGUCCUGCAGCUGUACCCUGAGAACUCGGAGCAGCUGGAGCUGAUCACAACGCAGGCCACAAGGGCAGGCUUCACCGGUGGCGUGGUGGUGGACUUCCCCAACAGUGCGAAAGCCAAGAAGUUCUACCUCUGUCUGUUUUCUGGGCCUUCCACCUCCCUGCCAAAGGGGCUGACUGAAAGUCAGGAUGCAGACCGGGCCACUGAGUCCGCUUUCACCAGUGAAAGGGUGCCACACAAGAAGGCACGGCGGGACCUGGUGAAGAAGAGCCGGGAGUGGGUCCUAGAGAAGAAGGAGAGGCGCAGGCGCCAGGGCAAGGAGGUCAGACCCGACACCCAGUACACUGGCCGAAAGCGCAAGCCCCGCUUCUGAGGGCGCUGUAUCUAAUCAAAUGGAGAGUCUGGCCACCCACACCUGCAUCCAGUCCUGCAGACGGGGCCCUGGCCACCCACACCUGCAUCCAGUCCUGCAACGGCCCUGGCCACCCACACC